GACUGGUUGGCUAGGUUCUGACGGCCCCUGGGGCUCCUGCAUAUCUACCAGUGAGCAGACCGUUACAUUACCCUAACACUCCAACAGAAAAGAAGUGCGGACAGUCAAUCACGCCAAACAGGGUUGAACAUUUAUCAGAGUCAGAAUGGUGCGAGGAGUGUGUCUGAGAUCCUUCCUCCUGGCGUGCUCGGUGACGGGCUUUUCCCUGAUGGACCAACGCAGAGAUGCAGAGGAUGAGCGAGGGCUCAACAAAGCCAUCUUGGAAAUGCUGCAUAUCGACAAAGUGUCAGUGAGUCACCAGGUGAAACCACAUCCUUACAUGAGGAGGAUCUAUCAGCAUCUGGACUCACUGGAAGCUCAAGACUCUGGAAGAUCGGAUGGAAUGCUGGUGCAGAGUUUUCGGAGUGUUGAUCGUCCACAUCAUGGGCCUCAGGGAUGGAUCUGGUUUAAUGUCAGCAGCCUGAAUCCCUCCAUGCUGGGUGCAGAGCUGGUUCUGUUCAGGAAAACCCUCAACCCCCGCCCUCUGAGCGUGACCAUCACCCUGCACAGUGUCAUCUCUUCAGAGGAGACCCUGAAUGAAAGCGCCGCCCUUGAGGAGAGACAGCUGACGCUGGACCAGCGACCCUCAUCUGGAUAUGAUGUGUUCGACGUGUCAGCUGUUCUGUCUGCGAAGCCUCUGGAGUUGUUGGGCUUCCAGCUGCGCUACACGGACGAGAGCGGCAGUCUGGUCCUCCAUGAGGCACUGACUCAGAGUCUGUACUGCCUGAACAGAGGGUCUCUGAGGGAGCCCCUACUGGUCCUGUACCAGACACACCCUAUUCAGCUGUAA